AUGGACUGGAAUAAUGCUCUCACACUGGAAGGACACAAUGACGAUGUCAUCGAACUUGCUUUCUCACCAGAUAAUGAAACAAUAGCAUCUUGCGGAAAGGAUAAAACAAUUAGGCUCUGGAGUUCAGCGACUGGUGAAGAGAAGCAAAAGCUUUGCGAAAAUAUUCUUGUGAACCACAUCGUAUAUUCACCGGACGGCAAAACCUUGGCAUCAUGCUCAGAUGAUUCUACAAUCCGUUUCUGGAACACAGUGACAGGCGAAGAGAAAUGUGAAGAGAGAAAAACACUCAAACGCCUUUCGGAUGAGGUUGUGAGGUUGGCUUAUUCAAAGGACAGCAAAAUCUUGACGUCGCUCUCGCGUGAUGGCGCAGUUCGGCUAUGGGAUACAGAAAAGGGCCAUAUGAGAAAGAAAGUGAAAUUUCCUUGUCCACACAAGUUUCGAUGCAGGAACGUCCUUUCGCCUGACGGCGCGACUCUUGUUUCAUUUCCUUCCUCAUACGUUCCAUUUUACGGAGAUCUAUCGUCCGACAGUGACGAAUCGUGCAGUGGGGAAUCAGCGUUUGAUGAAGACAAACAAGAAAAACGCAAAAUUCGAAUUUGGAGUACGUUGACAGGCAAAGAGAUGAAGGUAUUCGAAUGUGCGGAUGAAGAUAUAACACAUAUAUCGGCCGUUGCGGUGGUACCAGACAGCAACGCGUUUGCGUCAGUCAGUUCCCCUGGGAAAAUUUGCGUUUGGAAUUCGACGACAGGGAAUAAUAGACGCACUUUGGAAGACAGCCUUACUUAUAGUAUCGCAUUUGCGCCGGACGGCAAAACAUUAGCGUUAACUUCAGCUGGUAGUAAAAUUCGGUUGUUGGACGGGGAAACGCUCAGAGAAAGCAAGAUCAUUCAUUGCGGUGGCGAUACUUACAGGCCUAUUGUGUUCUCUGCAGACGGGAAGAUGCUGGCCGUCGGGAAUAGGCAACGCACAAUUCUGGUUUUCAGCACCAUACCGGAUGAAAAGGACGAUAAAUAUCACGAGGAUUAUAAUCCUCCCAGCGUUACACGAACGUUUGUCGAACUCUGGAAUCCAGCAACGAUGGAAACAAUACGGACGGCAAGAGAUAGUCAGGCCUGUGCUCUUGCUUUCUCAUCUAAUGGUACUGAAGUGUUAUCCAUUUCGUGGGACCACGCGAUUAUAUUCUGGGAUGCCAUAACUGGUGAGGAGAAGCGAGUGAUCCGAGAAUCCCAGACGUUUACCUUCGGCUGUGUCACCUGGUCACCAGCCGACGAUACAAUUGCCACGAGCUCAUAUCCAGGGGUAGACCUUUGGGACAGAGUAUCAUGGACACUGAAAAAAAGCGCUCUGGGUGACGAGUUUAAAGACUCUCAUCUCAUCUCUGAUAUCGCCUUCUCGCAUGAUGGGGAGACAAUUGCGAUCUGUUUUGAUACAUAUGCCACAGUCCGGGACGUGGCUACUGGUGACAAGAAAUUUCAGAUCGAAACCGACAGUUUGGGCGACAUCAGGUUUCUGUCUUUUGGACUUGGAAAGAAUGCUCUUAUCCCCAUUUCAUUUGACGGAGUUCGAAUUCUCGGCUAUCGCAUUCUCUGA